GGAUAAAGAUGAAAUAAAUGUCUGCUGUCAAUGAUGUAUAGAUUAGUGUUACAGAAAUCUGUCACAGUGACAGGUGUUAGUCGUGUAUGUCACAUUACCCGUGUAUCCUCAGACCGGGUCUGGAUCAGUGAUUAUAGUGAUAAUCUCAUCUUGACAAACACAGCAGGGGAUAAACUACAUCAUCUGACAGAUAUACAUAGUUAUAAUGGAGGACACACUGUGAACAAUGACGGUGAUUUAAUUUAUAUAGACAGUGUAUAUAACAUCAACAAACUGUCUAUAGAGAACACAGUAAAGACUACAUUAAUAAAGUACAACACAGAACCAUGGGAACCACUGAGUGUCUACAGCUCCCCCUCCACUGGAGACCUGCUGGUCGGGAUGUAUAAUAAUGAUACAGAUACAGGCAAGGUAGUGCGGUAUAACUCCACAGGAGAACACAUCCAGACCAUACAGUACGACAACAACACAGGUCAGGGACUGUAUAGUUAUCCUACCUACAUCACAGAGAACCGCAAUGGAGAUGUUAUUGUGUCUGACUUUGGCCGUGAUGCUGUAGUGGUGACAGAACGGGGAGGAAGUCAUCGCUUCUCCUACAGAGGACCUCCAUCAGGAUCACGACUAGUACCACGUGGAAUCUGUACUAACGCGCUGUCACACAUCCUGGUGUGUGAUGGUUACACCCACUCAGUACAGAUGUUAGACAGUGACGGUAACUUCCUGUCACAGAUACUGACAUCACCACACGGGAUAGACACACCACACAGCCUGAGUUAUGAUGUUACCACACACCUACUGUGGGUAGGGUCAGAGUACAACAACACAGUCAACAUAUACAGAGUGUUAGACAGAGACUCUCUGACUGGACUCCCUCUGGAGGACAUCAAAUGUAAAAAGCAUCCCAAAAGUUCCAUUGACCAGUUCUGUACCCCGUGUGGUGUUCCCUUGUGUGUGGAGUGUACCAGCUCUGAGGAUCACAGCAGACAUGACCUUAUGAAUAUAGAUACAUUGUUUGACAACAUUCACAGGAUAGAGGAUGGAUAUAUAUUUCUGAUGUGCCUUCUUCUUUCCAAAUCCUACAAAAUAAACAUGAAAGAAGGAAACUGGAUGACCAAAUAUUAUGCUGUUGCCAACAAUUUUCAUUCCAAGGAAGUCACAAAGCCAUUCGCUCUUACAGAUUUAGAAAAAUACAAACCAAUUCUAAAAUUCAAUAAUUCGGAGAUCAGUUUUUCCAUUGAACUCUUCAAAGAUAUCAGUUUCCUGAAAUUUUCAAAGAAUUCAAAAUUUCUUGACAUUUUCUUGACUUCGGCAGAAAAAGAAAACAUUGCUGAGUACUGUAGAUCGUGGAAUUAUCCAAGAAGAGAGGAUGAAGUUUGCUGUUGGUUAUUGCCAGAGAAAACAGAGGAGUUGUUAGAAAGACUUGGGGAAGAUAUUUUCACGCACCCAACAAUGGAGGACCAGUCAUUCCAUGAAGCCGUAUUUAGAAAAUUCGGUGUACCAAUUCAGGUAAUAAUGAGGGGAGACAAAUCUGUGAAACUUUUCAUUGAAAAUCUAAAGAAAGGGAAGACCAUGAUGUACCACGCCUCUGGGAUGAUAAUCGGAUGUGCAGGUAGUGGGAAAACAACAUUACUAGAAAGACUUAAAGGCAUCAAUCUGAAAGAAAUAAAGAAAAACACCAAUUCAACCAGAGGAGUUGACAUCCACACGGAUGUCUUUGAAGUAACAGAUAGCAUCCAUGUUAAUUCUUCAAGCCAGCAACACCACUUUAAACUUAGACUUGAUAAAAAAGACCUAAAACAGAGUAUUCCGGAGUAUCAUUCAGAGAAUGCAUUUGAUGAUGGGGAAACACAGGAAAAGAUGGAACCAGUUGAUAAUGAGGACAAUAAGUUUGAAGCAUCAAACAGUGGAGGAAUAUCACAUGAUGAUACCAACAUUAAAACUACCUCAUCCUAUGAACCACAAGGGGCCAUACCAACAGAAAAUGUAGUGGAAGUUAUAAAGGAAAGCAAAGAUAUUCCUUAUAGUUUGGAAAUUUCUGGAAAUUUGCAGAUAGAGGCAAAAAACAUUUCAGAAGAUCCAGAUAAAAAAAUUACCAUGACUGACUUUGCGGGACAGUGUGCCUAUUAUGCCUCACACCAGAUUUUUUUGAGUCCAAGGGCAUUCUUUAUUCUGGUGCUCAAUAUGGAGAAGAAGUUUGAUGAUACGGUUGGAGAAGAAGUAUGUUGUCAGGAAGGCUCCAUUUACAGGGGAUGGACAAACAGAGAUUACCUUGAAUUCUGGAUGAAGUCCAUUCACCAGUACAGCAGUGAUAAGGCUCCUGUGAUCCUGGUUGGUACUCACAGUGAGAACAAAACAGAAAAGGAAAAAGAAUUGUUUUUCCGUGAAGUAUGGAAGAUUCUAGACAUGAAGAAGAAGUCUUUGCACAAACAUAUUGAUGUGAAGCGACGAUUUGCAGUUGGAUUCCAUGACAACGAAAGCAUUGAAAAACUCAAGCUGUCCAUUGCUGAUGUCGUGUGCAGGCUUGAUCACUGGGGUGAAGAGCUUCCACAGUCAUGGGCUAUGUUUGAAACAUUCUUUCGGGAAAAGAAAAUCCACAAGAUUUUGAGUUGGGGUGAACUUCAGUCCUUCAAUGUAACGUUGCCAGAGGGAAUAAAGCUCCAUACUAUUGAAGAUAUGAAUGCCAUGCUGCAGUUCUUCCAUGAUAUCAGAGAAAUUAUACACUUCAAUCAACAAUUUCUCAAUGAAGCUAUUAUUCUCGAUGUUCAGUGGUUUGCAGAUGCAUUUAAAAAUGUCAUAACAGAUAAAAACCAUGCAAAAGAAGAUUUAUUCGAAUUUGCCUCAGAAUGGGACAAAUUCAAUGAAACUGGAGAGUUAGAUGAAACUCUCCUAUCUGCUAUAUGGAGAAUGAGCAACAAUGGCUACAUCGAACAUAAAGAUGAUAUCUUGCUAUAUAUGGAGAAGCUAGGACUCAUAGCUAAAAUGAGUGACAAAAAGUGGUAUGUCCCCUGCAUGAACAAGAUGCAAUUUCCAGUGACCUACUUUUCAUCAUACCCUGCCUCCUCAAUCCUUUGCUACACAUUUGAUGUUCUUCCUGUGGAAAUUUUCCAUCGCCUUGUAGCAACCUGCAUGCAGAUUCCUUGGGAGAUUUUUUCUGAUGAAGACAGAGGAUGCAUUUACCAGACUGCAGCUAUUUUUGUGUUUCAUGACCAGCACCAUAAUAUUCUGCUUGGAAUGACUCACACAGAAAUUCAGUUGCAGGUGUUUGUUGUGGAGGGAGAAGUUGAUGUUUCAACCUGUCAUCAGAUUAGAGAAAACAUUAACCGUAUAUUACAUGAUCUCUCUAACACAUUCCAAAAAAACUCUGAGUUCCAUGUCGGGAUCAAAUGCAAGCCUUCUGGAUUUUGUGACAGGAAAGAAAGUGCUGUCAUAAAGGAAUCAGAGUUUACAAGAGCAAUUUUUCAGUGUCCUUCCUGUCCGGCAAACAAAAAGCAUCCCAUUAACACAAAAGAUAUCACAAAAUAUUGGAAACAGGAUAGCCUGUCUGAGAGUGGAACCAAUGAAGACACUGGUACAGAUUCCUCUGUUGAAUUGGUUCUUAAUGCUGCUUCAAGAAAAAUCCGAGGUAUUCCCAUCAGUAUUUUUGAGUGUCUACUUGAAGUCAAUGUGGAUAUCACUCCCACUCUCAGUUUUGAGGAGAAAGUAUUUAGAAUCUUGUACCAAUGGAAAUCCAAGAAUGCACACAUUGAUCACUUGAGAGAAUUAGAGAGCAUUCUACAGAGAGAAGGUCAAGGACAAGCUGCUGAAUACGUUAGAACAUUUGAUAUUAAGGACUUUGCUUGCAGUGGUGUUGCUUGCCCAGAUCAGAAUGUUUCAACAACAGAAUUCAAAACAUUGUCCGAAUAUCUCCCAAAAGACUACACUCAUUUUGUCCGAUUUUUAGGGCUUCCUCAAAGAUAUAUCGAACAAAUGGAAGCAGAUGGUUUGAAGAUACAGGAUAAAAUAUAUAAAUCACUUUCAAAGAUACAGGAGGAAUGUCAUUACAUGCUUAGCCGACAGAAGGUUUGCAAUGCAUUGACAUUUAUAGACAGAAAUGAUGUGAUAGUUGAACUUGGAUGGACAUCACGCAAACGAAAAAGGGAUGACUGAUCGGGAAACAAUAAGUGUAUUUUGGAUUCUUAAAGCUGUGUAUGUUACAGUCUUGUCAUUGAAAAUAAAAUCAACAUGGACAAUUUUUAUGCAUAAGCUUGUACAAUAGCAUCCUAUUACUGUAAACCAACUUUUAUUCGCGUGCGAGAAAUAUCCGCGAGUUUUGAGACCUACUUUAACUCGCGAAUAUUAAUCGCCACGAACCAUUUAUUUUGCUUUGUAUUUGUAGAGAAUGUUUCCUCAGUCGCGAAAAUUAAUUGUCGCGGAUUGAUUUUAAAUGGACUAAUCGCGAAUAAGAGAUGAAGCGAAUAAUAGUUGGUUUACAGAAUUUGUUUGUUUAAAGAAAACUGUCCAUAUUUGAGAAAGGUUUCAAACUUACUGUAAACUGGGGUAUCAUUCAUUUCUUGUGCGGUCAUGACCUGUAAUUUUUAUGAUUUUUGUUGUAUUUUGAGUUGUUCUUAGUGCAUGAAAGGUGAAAACAUGUGAAAUAGUUACACAUGACAUGACAAUUUGUAUAUACAUUCGUUACUGCAAAUUUAGUCACUUAAUUACUAGUGAUAUUUAAAAAAAAUCAGAUAUGUCUAAUCCUCAAAAAGAUAAGCUUUGUUUCAAUAGCAAAUGUAAAUAACACACUUAUAUAUGUACGUUAUCUACCUAAAAUGAUCAUGUUACAUCGUAAACAUUUAUCGUACGUAUAUUUUGUUGGUUUAUUUGUCUGUUGAUACUGGUAUGCUAUAUAUUUAUUCUUCUGAGAUUUGUUGGUACUUUAAUUUUAUUUUAUAUAAUGAAAAAUGCACUUCGACAGCAUGUUAUGGGGGAUUAUUAUUAACUUUACUUGAACAAGAAAGACUUGUUUAAUUUCUCACUUAUUGAUUUGUCAUAUAUCUUGAAAAACACACAUUUUUUUAUGCUAUAUCAAAUUAAUUUGUCUCUUUGUCCACUUAUAUUUACCUUUUUAACCAGUUUAUUUAGCCCGUGGUAAACAAUUCUUAUCUUGUAGACUUAUUCGAUGAUUUAAAUGAAACUUUUUCAGUAAUUGUUAGAAUAAUCAUCGAAAAAGUCCUUAAGAUAAGAUCUUUUCAUCAUAAAUGUGAAAAACGAUAAUUAGGAUCAUUGCCAAGGCAUGAAGGUUUGAUACAUGGGCUUUUCCUCUAGUGUAAAAUAGUGAUUGAGAGUGAUCUCCCUUGUGAAACCAAUAAAACGUAUGUUAGAGAGGUAAACAAAAGCACGUGUGCUUCCUUCAAAGGGUAGAAUCACCUAUACAGCAAGAAAAAAAAGCAGAAAUGGCUUUGUUGUACAUUGUUUUCAGAGGACAAAAAGUAAAAUAAUUAUCUUUAUAAAGCAUGAAUUUGAUAAAAUAAUCUUGAUGACCUCGAGUGUGAAGACCCUCUUUUAUAAGUAAAAAUCUGCAAGAUAAAUUAUAGGGAAAAGAGUACUUAUUAUUUUCCCAUAGAACUCUAUACAAACCUUAUGUCCUCUGAAAACGUUACAAAUUCAACUUCAUCGUACAAAUCCUUGGCAUUGUUUGAAACUUUAUCAUAACCGCUCAUAUAAUUUUAAGCCUGAAAGAAAUAUAUGGUCCUAUGGCGUUCAUAUGUCAAAAUUCCAAUUGUUUACAAAUUACAGUGGUCUGCAGUAAAUGGCACUCUGCAUUAAGUAUCAAACCCUAGAAUCUCUCCUAAUAUUUAUAUAUUUUCCGUUAUAUUAUAUCAUUUUCUUCUUUACUUCAAACAUUAAUAUUUUAACUUUAAAAUGAAAAUAUUUACGUAUCUAAAUUCAUCCAGUCGGCUAAAGCCUACCUAUUCAGUACCACAUACUAUUUGCCAUAACAAACAAAGCCACAUGUACAUCCGGGGAUUUGGUAGUCUCAUUUCUAUACUUACAUAAAAAACUAUCCCAGACUUAGGCAAAUUUUGUAAUUUUCAGAGACCUUAUACCUACCAAUGUAUAUGCAUGAUAUUUGAGGCCUGUCACUUCACUGUGACAAUCUUAAUUAAUGGCGCCUCUUCGCUGCAAGUAGUGUUUCACGGAAUGAAUAACUUUCAUUCCUGUGAUCCGACCUGGAUGUAGUUGUGAUUGUAAUGAAUAAAAUAUUUAUACAAUUGCAUAGUUUUGUUUUUUUUGUGUUAAUUAAAUGAUAUAAAGUCA